AUGUACAUAAGAAAUCCUUCGAAGACAAUAUUCUCUCUUGAGUUCCUCCUCACAUUGCCCAUCUCUGUGACUUAUCUAAAUCCAUCAACUCUCAUAUGGAUUAAGACCUGGUUCUUUGCAGUUGCCGUCAAAGUCCACGCUAUUAUCAACCUCGUCUCGGACUUGUCUCACCAAGCACCAUCCGCAUACGCAAGGGAUUUGGAGGCCAGACUUGAAUCACAGAAUAGUCCACCCGAGUUUCAACCCUUCAGCACGGAACUCAUUGACACGGGUCGAUCUGAGAGGUUACCGCCUCCUCAUAUUGUUGAUGAGUUAACAACUAUUUACUUUACCAAACUCCAGUCCGACUCAUUCAUGAUUCAUGGUGAGAGAUAUACCGCUUCUCUGUACAGACCGACACAUAUGCAGCCACCAAUGUGUCUACAAUAUGCAAUCUUGGCCGCUGGGGCAAGUGCAUCGCAGACAUACGGACACAUGGCCGAGGCCUUUUAUGUACGAUCACGACAGUACAUCCAAGCAGACGAGAUGAAGAGUGAUAGUGAGCAGGUUUCUCUAGCCCACUGUCAAGCUUGGGUUCUCAUUGGUCAUUUUGAAGCACAGCAUCUAUGGUUCUCAAGAGCAUCAAUGAGUACCGCCAGGGCUAUUCGAUUGGCGCAUAUACUCGGCCUACACCGUCUAGACGGUAAGAAUACCGCUGGUCUGACCUUACCUCCCGCGUCGGACUUUACCGAAGAGGAAGAACGGAGAAAAACAUUCUGGGUUGUCUUUACAACUGACCGUAUCACGAGUAGUACUGGUGGUUGGCCCACCAUGAUGGACUGGCGAAGCAUACAAACACGGUUACCAACAUCACUAGAUGCUUUCUUAUCCAGUACUCCAGUACCUACCAUAACUCUUAAGCAAGCUCUUGGUCAAGGCAUGUUUGAGCUUUCCACCAGUGCAUGCAGAGUGGUCGCAGUUCACUUAUUCAACGAAUGCUUCAACUUUUCGCGGGCAAGUGAGGAGGACGAAGACAACAAUGACUGGACCCAACUUCAGAAACUAGACGAAGCGGUGACUAACGCUUUCGCAACUCUACCUCCGGAACUACGAUGUCCUGAGAACAUGGAUAAUCCCGCGGCUGUUCUUAUCAACCUGCAGUUACACACAGCGAUGAUUUGUAUCCAUCGUGCAGUGACGACUCGUUCACAGAUGGAUAUGUCUCUUUUACCACAUAUCAAUUCCCGUGUGAUGGAGUCUGCGCUUCAAAUUAUGAUGACUGUCGCGCUGGUCGCGGAUCUGAGCAUCAGGUUCCGGAAUCCUCUAGUGUCAUUCGCAACUUUCGUCGCCGCUUCCUUCUUCCUAACGAACUUUACGACAACGGGAAAUCGCCAGAGCGAAGAUAACUUCACGGCGCUCAUGAGUGUCAUGACCGAGGUUGGCAAAACCAACAUGUUUGCGGCUUCACUUGCUGUUCGGCUUGCGCACAACAUGAGAGCUUGUACUGUAGAUCAGGGCACGGUUGGAAAGGCUGGGAUGUUAAUGGCUGAUCUGGAUCUCGAUGCGCCGAUUCCUGGUCAAGAAGAUGCAGAGAAUGGGAUCGUGGUGCUUUGUCCAAUUGUACCUAAACCGGGACCGAUUAGCUUGGAUGAUGGUUUGUUUUGGUAG